UUGAAAUGUGUGUCUCAUGUCUUCACUGUUCUUUCAUGAGCAAUGACAUACCUGGCCUCUCCGCAUUUAUUGAAAAUUAGUGCAGCUUUGAAUGAAUUUAUGUGUGGUAUGAUUACUAGUUAGCAUUUUGUAGAUCUGGACGAACGAUCCACCUACCACUAUUGUCACUAUGAAUGGUGGAUAGAGGGCAGUUAGACUGGUAGACUAUAUUGACUUGUGGUAUAGUUAGCAAAAGGAAAAGCAUAGUGCAUAAUUGAAGUAUCAAGACACCUCGACAUAGGGGAGGCGCAAGCAGACGAAAUGUGUCUUGGACGGAAUAAAUGAUAUAGUAAAACCUGCAAAAGGGCAAACGUAAAACCUAACCCUCCCCAAAGCAAAAAAAAGGUUUGACAAUCCUCCCCUAUUUUGGAAAAACACCACCCUUCCCCUAAUAAAUGUUGAACUGUCCCUUAUUGACAAGCCACCUCAACUUCAUGAAAGGCUUUCGUGCCUGAGGAGCAGCGGGUGAGAGUGGAGGAGAGGGAAAAGACAGAGCGCUAUGCUAGAAAAAUGCGGGGCUCGUCCUAAAACCUGACGUCAGCAGCACGAGCUUUAAUAACAUCUCCAGUCCCAGUCCGAGACAGUGGUCCUCGCGGAGGAGAUGACAACUAGAAGAAGCAGAAUGCCUGAGACUUGUGCAGUGCAAAAUAUUUUGUUUUUAGAAAAGGAGUAAUUCUGGGUUCAAUGAAUUUAAAAUUCCUAACCAGUGAUGAGCUGGCUCCUGGUGUGGAUUCUUAUAGCAGCUGGGAUUCAAAAGGUUAAAGAAGGGAAGCUACAUGAAGACAACAAACUGUUAAUGUCAUGAUCAGUUGUUGUUGUGGUCCGUGUGGGUUUCAUUACCUUGAGAAACACCCAUAAAACGCAAUGCCUACUCCCAGACCCAGAAUUCCACUGCAAUGCUGCCCCUAACAGAACCCACAGACCUGGAGCCAUACAACCGGACCCAGUACUGCCACUGGCCCUGUGAGUGCCCCCCGGUCCUCCCCCCCUGCCCCGCAGGAGUGAGCCUGCUCAUGGACGGCUGUGACUGCUGCAAGGCCUGCGCCAGGCAGGUGGGGGAGGAGUGCAACGAGGCAGACACCUGUGACUACCAUAAGGGAUUGUACUGCGACUACAGCGCGGACAAGCCGAGGUACGAAAAAGGAGUGUGUGCAUAUAUGGUUGGCACGGGCUGCGAGCAUGACGGUGUGAUCUACCGGAACGGGCAGAGCUUCAAGCCCAGCUGUAAAUACCAGUGUCUGUGUGUGAACGGGGCUAUCGGGUGCGUGACCCUGUGUACGGACUCCCAGCCUCCCCGGGUGUGGUGCCAGAACCCGAGGAGGGUCAAGAUCCCCGGACGCUGCUGUGAACAGUGGAUCUGUGACGAGCCCAAGAAGGGGAGGAAGACUCCUCCAAGACAUGCAGUGGAGGGUCUUCCUGCUGAGGCUCAGGGCCGGAGCAGGAACUGUGUGAUCCAGACCACCUCCUGGAGUAUCUGUUCUAAGACGUGUGGUCGAGGUCUGUCACUGCGCGUCUCCAACGCCAACGAGAGGUGUGAGAUGGUGAAAGAGUCCCGCCUCUGCAACAUACGGCCCUGUGGGGUGGACAUCACCAAGCACAUCAAGCCAGGGAAGAACUGUCUGAACAUCUACAGAGAAGAACAGCCAAAAAACUUCACAAUCUCGGGCUGUGUGAGUAAGCAGCCUUACUGGCCUAAAUACUGUGGGGUGUGCGUGGCCACGGACCAUCGCUGCUGCAUUCCCUACAAGUCCAAGACCAUCGACGUGGAGUUUAUGUGUCCCAACGGGGCCCUGUUCACCUGGCAGGUCAUGUGGAUCAACGCCUGCUUCUGUAACCUCAGCUGCAGGAACCCCAACGACAUCUUCGCCGAGCUGGAGAAUUACUAUGGCUACCCUGAGAUCGUGAACUGAGACAUUUCAAUAAUUAGCCGUAAGCUUAUUAAGGGCUCUAUUCAGUCUGGAUCGCUGAAGCGUUACAGAUUGCACAAUAUAAAUUUAAAGGUCAUUUCUGAUUGACCCAACAUAUGCAGUGUUUACCGUGAAUGCAGCCGUCGCUAACACGAGAACAUUGCCUUUAAAUUUUAAUCACGCUGUAACACUAAACUUCAGUGAUACGGAGUAGAGCCCUAAACUUCCAUCUACCUACAUUUUGAUCUUCUUUUCCUUUCCUCAAACGUUUUUUGUCAGAACUUCCGAAAAAUGUUAUGUUUGUAUACAUAAAGGCAGGUAUUCAAUCCGAGGCGCGUUAUAGGGCACAGCACCAUACAACAGACAGUCAAGCCUAAAUUACCUUUACAAGUCUGUUAUAGUGUGCUGCUCUAUAUCUUGCAUUGGAUUGAAUCCCACCCAAAGUAUUUUUCUUUAAGGGGAUAUUUAAACGUGAGGAUUUUUUUCAGCAUAUCUUUAUGCUCUGUAUAGGGUUGUUUUGGGAAUGAGUGUGAAAUAUUUUAGUUUUAAUUUAUUCAAUACUAAAUGAUUGAUUUUUUUUUGCCAUACAGGUAUUUUUUGAAAGUCACAGAAACAAGUUUCACGAAAUCUCGUCCACACUCAUGUAAAGAUUGGUUUGAUCACGUGGCUCUGAAUUGAAUAAUGAGUAAGAGACGGCGUGAGAUGCUACUAUAGAAUGCAUGUACUAUAUAUGGUUAAAUAUCCAUCUGUGGAAGUGUGGUGUCAUUCUUACAACGUCACAUUCUACUUAUGAUCAUUGAAGUAAUCACAAAACCAGGACAAAAAGUUAUAGGUUUUUAUUUAUUAAAUAAAUACAAAACUGUUAUGCCAUAUGUAAUGCUUCUCAUCUACAGCAUUAGGCAGUGCAUCUUUACAAAGCGAUGUAGGCCUGUGUUGCUGUAGUGCAAGUAAGAGUGGGAGGGUUUUUGAUACGUUCUAUGGAUAACUAUCCUCACAUUACAUUAUGUGGAUCUAUCGGCUUGACUCUCUCAAAUCCAUCACAACAAAAUAACUUGAAUAAAUCAGAGAAGGUUUCCAUGGCACAUCUUUGUUCUGCCGUGCUUGAUUGCAUAGAAAACAUUUACAUACACACACAAAAAAAUAUUGAAAAUAAAAACUUUUGUCUGAAGCAAUGAUCUGUUAAUAAAGCAAUAGGAUGCAAAGCUG